AUGCGAAAAGAAUGGCGGCUCUUCUACGCUACGGACUUUCAAUCCUUGAUGUAUCCUUGCUUCACAUUCUGCCGCAUUCUUGGAAUAUUCCCGUACAAGAUCAACGAUUCGAUCUUCCAGGCUUCAAAACCACAUUAUGUCUUAUCGAUUAUAAUUGUAUCCGCUUUAUGUGUUAUCGAUCUGAGAGACCUUUAUCAAUCUAAUAUUUUUAUGAAGAUCACAAACUUUGAAGUCGUGACCAAGUCUCUUGACGAUAACUGCUAUGAUAUAUUGGUCAGUUUUAUAACAAUCGUCACGUUUGUUUUGAGCAGUCCGCGAAUGCGAUUGCUCCAAACUAUAAUGGAGAUCUCUUCGACACUGCCUCCGGAGUCGUACCAGAAGUUAUCCAGAUUAAUUCACGCCAAAGAUAUCUUUGGUCUCUUCUAUCUUAUCGGCACACUUUUUAUAUAUUUCUACGUAAUGCACAACGGUGUCUUCAAUAUAAUGUUUACAGUGUACACAGUUCUACUAGUGUUUACGAUGGACAUGCUGUACAUGAACUGUGUUUGUAUAUUGAAGGCUUGUUUCAAGGAAAUUAACAAUAAUCUUCUACAUAUGCAAAAAUUCAUAGUAAACAAUGAACCACGUGUUCCCAUAAUGUUUUACGAACACAGAAAUAUAUUCCUGAUAAUGAACCUUAAGGCUCUGAAAAAGCAACAUCUCAUGAUUAGCAACACAGUACAGAUGCUGAACACAAUUUUCAGUGCGCAACUUCUUGCUACGAUAGUCUUAACCUUUUCUGAAAUUAUUUUUGAUUUACUGUACUUCAAUGUAGUGCAGUAUAAUAAAUACGAUGGAUUGUUCAUCAAUUUAAAUAAAGAGGUCGGUGUGAUAUUGUCAGGCACAAUGUAUUAUUUUACAAAAAUAGGGUUACUUGUGUGGAGUUGUGAGACUGGCAAAAAUCAGGCUCAAGAGAUUCGUACCACGAUUCACGAUGUACUUAACAUCAGCAGAGAUAAACAAAUAAAAAAUGAG